UUCAAAUUUGAAACAUUGAGUUUUGUAGGUUAUCCUAUUAUCGGAAAAAUCAAAAUUAUACUUAUUCUAUGUUAUACUUAUUAUUAGUUCAAAUGAUUUAACCCAGAAAUAAUUGUAUGAAAAAUUUCUCUCAAUUGAUUAACUUUGUUCAAUGUUAACAUUGAUUGCUUUAGCACAUUAAUUCAAUGGAAUGCUUUAUCUCAGAAAGUGACGAUAAAAUAUUACUUGUUGGAGAAGGAAACUUUUCUUUUAGUGUAGACUUUGUUAAUUAUGUAAAGAAAUAUAAUAGAAAGUUUUUUUCAUACAAUGACAAUAAGUGUUGCAUAAUCUCUACAUGUUUUGAACCAGAAAACAAAAUUACAACUAUUGCAUCUGUAAACGCAAACAUUCUUCAAGAAAAAGGCAUACGAGUUGAGUUCGGCGUGGACGCACGAUGCCUGGAACAGUACGCGUUUCUGGCCGCCGGUGUCCAUCGUCAUCCAUUCAGUCGUGUUAUCUUCAAUUUUCCGCACGUGGGCGGUAAGAUGCGGAUCGAACGCAACCGCCAGUUGCUGCGCGACUUUUUGGUGAGCGCCAGCCAGGUUGUGCAACGUGACGGAGUUGUUUGUGUGUCACUGUGCGCCGGCCAAGGUGGCAGCACUGUUGAAAAUGGCGGCAAAACGGAGCGACGCUGGGACGACAGCUGGAAAGCGUUGAAGCCGCCGGGAGGCGGGAAUGCUCCUAACUGCGGUUCUACCGUUUCCGACGGCAGAUGUUCUGCAAAACUACACCAGCACAGGGUAUAGAGGGCUGCAGAAAGGGUUUCAUUUGGCGGACGCCAGGGUUCAUUUGUUUCGUGCAACUACGACACCGCUACCCCGUCCUUUAACCAAUGAAGAGCUGAACAAUCUGUUAUCCACUUCAAAGCCACAUCCUUCAGCCACCCAGGAAUUGAACAAUCUGGUAUCCACCGGAGAAUUGACCAAUCUUCUCCCCACUUCACCGCUCUUCAACAUCUCACCAAUUCACACACAAAAAAUCAAAAACAACCCCUGGAAGAACAUCUCCAGUUCACAAUCGAAAUUCCUCGAAACACUUAUCUCCUUCACGAAUCUCUCCCAUAAACUGGUUGAUGGAAUUGCUUUAUGUGGUAGUGUUAAUGAUCGUAGAUAUGUCUCCAAUGAGGUGGACGUAACGUUUCUGCGUUGUCUAUCGUUGAACGAACUAACAGACAAUUUUUCUGUUGCACCAGUUGAGUGUUGCCUUAAGAUUUUCACUAGGAACGCACUCGAUGUGGCAUCAAAAACAUUGAAGAAAUUGUUAGGAGCGGGAGAUUAUAAAAGGAACGUCGAUGUGGAGUCGAAAAUGUUGGCUGGAGAAGAUUGUGAUGAGUAUCUAAGUGUGGGAAGUGAUAGUGACGUCACGAUUCAUGUGGACCGUUUGCUGGACGGUGAUUGGCGGAAAUUGUGGACUAUUGGCGUAGCUUGUGUCUCUCCUCGUUCGUACCCUUUGGAUGUGACGUUUUCAGUGAAAGAGGUUUGGAGAGAGGGGAAAUUUGUUGAAGUUUUGUGGGCUGUGGCAGGGGAUUUUAUUGUCGACUUGAAACUGUUGAGUGUGUUUGAUUUUGACGAGGGAGCUAAGAAAAAUUACUGUUAUAGGAUUGUUUACCGGUCGUACGAACUGCCUCUUUUUAAAGCGAAAAUUGUUGAAAUUCAUAAUGAGGUUGUUGUUAAAGCUGUCGAGUAUCAUCUUGGUGCUACUGUUGUUUAAAAAAUUAUUAAUUACAUAAAUUAACACCAUAUAAAAUGACUGGAUUUCAAUGUCCAUUUGGAGGAUUAAUUUAAUGAUUAUAAAUAACUUGAUUGAUUACAAAGGUGAUAGACUAUAGUGAGGUUCACUUUAUAAUGACAGUGUUUGAUUGGCAAUGGU